AUGGCAGACGCUGGUGAUGGAGAUACGGCAGCUGUGUCGGAGCCGCUGGACUUGGUUCGCCUGUCGUUGGAUGAAAUCGUUUUCGUGAGGCUACGAGGAGACCGAGAGCUCAAAGGACGUUUACAUGCAUAUGAUAGUCAUUGCAACCUAGUGCUCGGUGAAGUGGAGGAGACCAUCUACGUAGUGGAGGAUGACGACGAAGAAGAAGAGACUGUGAAGACCAUUAAGAAGCAGUCGGAGAUGCUGUUCGUUCGAGGAGAUUCCGUAGUGCUCAUUUCACCACAGGCUGCCAGCUGA